UAUGCUCACCUUCUUUCUCUUCCUGAUUUAUUAGGUUAGAUGUGGAGAUAUUUAAUUGCAUAACUAAUAUGGAACCAUUCUUUAAGAUAAAAUCUUAGUACUAUCAAUAUACUUAUAAUAGAUUAUUACUAAAAAUGGAAUGAUUUACAAUUAUGAUCUAAAAUAAUAAUAGAUUCUUUGGAUAUCAUAAUUAGGGAUAUCUCUUUAAUCAAAUGAUCUCAAAAAUUCUACAUACUAUAUAUAACCUUAUAGAGAUGGUACAUACUUAUUUUAUGAUGAUUUCCCAUAUGUAAGUAAAAAUAUAUAAUUUAAAUUAGGAAAUAGAACAAGAUGAUAUUAAAUUAUUAUUUAGUACUUGUCCUAUGUUUAAAAAUUCACUUGUUUUUAAUAAUAAUAUUGCAUUUUUUAUGGAUAUCACAACAGGAAAUUUAAAAAAAUUAACUCAAUUUGAUGUGCAAUAGCUAUUGAAGAAACCUAAACUAUAUCAAUAAGGAGUUCUAAUUCAUGUAUAACAGUAAUAUAUAUCUGAUUUGGAAUAUGAAUUCUCUUAAUUUUAUAAUUCUAGAGUGUAUAUUAAUUUCUUACUGCAAUAUAUUCAAGGUAACUAAACUUAAAAAGGGUAUACAAAUAAUACAUAAAUUUGGAAAACAUAGAAUGGAAUUUAUGUUUAAUGGAAUAAAAAAGUUUUUGAUUUAUAUUUAGAUAAUGAAGUGUUUCAAGUCUUUAUUUAUGAUGAAGUGGAAGGAUUAUAAUCAAUAAAAAUUAAUCGAGAUCUUAUAGAAUCAAGAAGUUUAUAAAUUAUACCUGUCAUAAAUAAUAACCUUUAAUGUGAAAAAGAUGGAUAGUGCAUGCAAAUUGAUUAUAAACCAACAACUGCACUAGGUAUAUAUAAAUAAACAGAGUUUAAAUAGUGUUUAAAUGAAUUUUAUAAUGCAAAAGUCUAACAAUUACCUAUUAUUUAUCAAUAAAAUAAUCCUUAAAUCUAAGAAAUAUGCUUUGAAAUUUACACUGAAAAUGGUUCUUAAACAAUGAUAUUAUUAAUUAUAUUUAUUAUUGGUUUUGUUUUAUUAACAAGACUUAAAUUUAAAAGGUAAAAACCCAUAUUUUAAAUAAAUAUAAAAGAAUCAAAUGUAGAAUUAAAAUAUGUUUAAUAGAAUUAAAUUUAAAUUAAUUAAUUUUAAAUUUUAGGAUAAGGUUCUCAUAAAACAAUUGUUUAUGAAGGUCUAUUUCAAAAUAGAAUAGUUGCUGUUAAAGAAAUCAAUUUAUUGAAUUUAUCUUAAAAUAUGAUAGAUGGUGAAUUAGAAAAAUCAUUUGUUUAAUAAAUGUCUUUAAGUUCUGAGCAAUUUUUAAAACUGUAUUUUUAUGAAAAAAGAAAUAAUCAUUUUUAUUUAGCUAUGGAUAAAUAUUUGAUAAAUUUAAAAGAUUUUGUGUAAUAUGAAUCAUGUAAUAAAUUAAAUGAUUCAUUUAAAAAUUAAAUUAAAUUAAAACUUUAAGACCCUAAUUUUUAUAAAUCCUUUAUACAUAUUCUAUUAAUUGGACUAUAAGAGCUUCAUAAUAAAAACAUUAAACAUCAUGGAUUUGAUUAAGAAAAUAUUAUAUUUAAUCAUGAUCUUCUUGUUUAAUUUUGUGAUCUAGGAAUGUCUUAGAAAACUGAUUAUUAUAGAUUGAAGAUUAAUUCAUCAAAUAGUGAUUUCUUUCAUAAUCAUACUUUGAAGUAGUAAUUAGGUGUAAUAUUUUACUAUUUACUAUCAAGAGGAGAUGAUCUUAAAAAAUUAUUAUAGAUUAAUUAAAAGACUAUUCUGAAUAAAUUUAAGAAAUACAAAAUAAAAGAAUUAGAUAUAAGAGAUUUGAUACUUAAAUUGCUUUUUGAUGAUUCAAUAAUUCAUUAUGAAAAUCUCCUUUCGCAUCCCUAUUUUUGGACAAAAGAGAAAAAAUUAAAAUUUAUUUGUGAAUUUAGUGAUUAUAUCGAAACCUUUCCAUAAAAACCAGGUUCAAUAACACUAUAAGAAAUAUGCAUUUAAAACUAGGUUUUUCAAGAUAAUUGGGGCAAGAAAUGUGAAAUACUUUUAAAGGAACAAAUUCGAGGAUAUGAUACAACCUAAGUUUUAUAAUUAAUAAGAGUAUAAAAUUAAACUUAUAAUUAAUAGCUUAUUCGGAAUACUAAGAAUCAUUACCAUUAGCUUAGAAACAAUUGUAAAUAAAUAUUAGGAAAUUCUGAUAGAGAUUUAUUUGAUUAUUGGAAUAAAAAUUUUCCAAAUUUAUUUUUUACUCUCUACUAAUAUGCAUGUGAAAACAAUUUCAACUUAUUAAGUAUUAAAAAACAUAAGAAAUGA